GCGGAGCGCGCUCCCCCGCCGGGCCCGGCCGCGGCCGCCGCCGCCGCCGUUGCCGUUUCCCUCAUGGACCCCCCUCGCCCGCCCACGGUUUUAUUAGCAGCCGCCCGCCGCCGCCGCCGCGAUCCUCCACCGCCUCCUCCUCCCGAACCCGGCGGCGGCGACGCCCCGAAGGCUCCUCUCCCCUGCGGCGGCCGGGGGCUGCCGUCGGGAGCCGAGGGCUGGCUGCCACAUCUGGGGGAGCCGCUGCCGCGCCGGGAGCCGGCCAGCCGGGAAGCGAUGCUGCGGGUGCUGGACGCCGGGCUGGAGCGAUGCCUGGCGCUGCAUUCGGCGUACAUCCCCGUACCCCGGCACAGGAAGCUCUCGGGCAAGGCGGGCAUCGAUGAGGUGAUGGCGGCCACGGUGCUCACCAGCCUCUCCACCAGCCCACUGGUGCUCGGUCACCCGCCUGCCACCCCCGCCCCAGAGCCCGGUGGUGAGGUCUGGAAGGAGGCACCCGCCAUGUCCUCCAGCUGCAGCAGCAGCAGCAACACCAGCGGGGACUGGAGCUGGGACCCCCCCAGCGACCGCUCCACCCCCUCCACCCCAUCGCCCCCGCUCUCCAGCCACGUCCCCAGCACUUUCCUGCCUGCCCCGCUGCCGGACGAGGGCCCUGACGAGCCCGACGGCACCCACUUCGUCUUCGGAGAGCCCAUGCCGCGGAAGAGGAAGAACUCCACCAAGGUGAUGUUCAAGUGCUUGUGGAAGAGCUGCGGCAAAGUCCUCAGCAGCUCCUCAGGGAUGCAGAAGCACAUCCGAACUGUGCACCUUGGUCGGAAAGCCGACCUCGAGCAGAGCGACGGCGAGGAGGACUUCUACUACACGGAGCUGGACGUGGACGUGGACUCGCUGACGGACGGGCUCUCCAGCCUGACGCCCGUCUCCCCCACCUCCUCGGUGCCGCCCGCCUUCCCCGGCCCCGAGGCGCAGGGUCCGGUGCCGCCGGCGUUGCCGAUCCCCGACCUGGCGUUGGCCUCCCCCCGCAGCCCCCCGGCCCCCCCAGGCCUCUGCCAUGUCCACACCGACCACGCGUACCAGGGCUGCCGGCCCCCCCCGCGGCCACCGGUGCCCCCCACCGUGCCCGCCCCACCGCCACCCAAGCCACCUGCCAUCCCCAGGAGGCCGCGGGGGGAGGCCAAGAAGUGCCGCAAGGUGUACGGCAUGGAGAACCGGGAGAUGUGGUGCACGGCGUGCCGCUGGAAGAAGGCCUGCCAACGCUUCCUCGACUGACGCCGGUGCCGCCGGUGCCACCGGUGCCAUGGCCCUCCCUCCUUCUUGCACAUUUUGCACUCGAGGUGCCUUCGCGCCCCCCCCCGCCGCCCCGGGGC